AUGGCUCGGCGAAUGAACCUACUGAAUAUUGAAAAGAACAUCCAAAAUUUAUGGAAGGAACAUAAUGUGUACGAAAAAGAAUUCAUCGAUAAUAAUGAGUCGAGGUUCACGGGUAAUUUCCCCUACCCAUACAUGAAUGGGUUGUUACACAUAGGUCAUGCCUUCACAUUGAGCAAGUUGGAGUUCCUGGUCCGUUACAAAAAUAUGACGUGUCAGAAUGUGCUGCUUCCAUUUGCUUUCCACUGCACAGGCACACCGAUCGUUGUGUGUGCAGACAAAUUGAAGAACGAGUUAAAGGGAAAAGUCUUGGGAAAAUCCCCAGAUGGUAGUAAAAACGAAAUUAGCAAUGAUCACCACGUGGGAGAAGCCAACCUUGUUGAGACCGCCCAAUUGGAACAAGAAUCAGGGAAGAAGAAACAGACAGACGCAACGGUCUUCAGGUCCAACAAAAGUAAACAACAGUCAAAAGGAUCUAAGCAAAACACGCAGUACGAAAUUAUGAAACAAAUGGAUAUAAGCGAUGAAGAAAUCCACCACUUUCAGAAGCCACAAUAUUGGUGCUAUUAUUUUUCCUCCAAAGCGAAGGAUCAUUUGAGUUCUUUGGGUCUUUUCUGCGACUGGAGGAGGUCCUUCAUCACCACGAAUAUGAAUCCAUACUACGAUAAAUUCGUGAAUUGGCAUUUCAACACCCUUUAUAAGAAGAACCUAAUUUACUACGGAAGCAGAAUGACCAUUUUCAGUCGAGUCAACAACCAGGCCUGUGCAGAUCACGAAAGGUCAGAAGGAGAGGGAGUCAAGUGUCAAGAAUUUACCCUCCUCAAAAUAUAUGUACAUGAUUCUAAGGAAUUUUUUCAAAUUUAUUCAAAAAAUGUAAAAAAGAAUGAAAACGAUUUUUUAAAAAAUAAUAUUAUGAUGAGUGAAGACUUUUUUAGCCAAAAAAAAAUUGUCCUUCUUGCUAGUACCCUGAAACCAGAGACAGCUUAUGGGCAGAAUUAUACCUUCGUGAAUCCAACUGAAUAUUACUACGUUACGUUAGGGUUCAACAAACAGAGGCUGCACUAUGGGGACAAGAAUUACGUGAACAACGUCAUGACGAGGGAAGAAAUAAUGGAUGCGUGUGAGAAUGUCUACAUAUGCUCAGAGAACAGUUUGUACAAUUUGGCUUACCAGGGCGUAAUACCGAUGCUUAGCAAGGGUUGUGGUGGAUCGUCCAAGUUGACCGGUCAAUCAAAGGACGCCCGCUCUGGAGAUGACGUCUUAUCCCCCCUUAGCGACCUUUUCAUUUUGAUGAAAAUAAAAGGGGAAGAACUAGUCGGUCUGAGGACCUACUCAAAUUUGUCAAAAAAAAAAGAUUUAUAUAUUCUCCCAAUGACCACAAUCAAAAUGAAUAUAGCAACAGCGAUUGUUCCAUGUGUAUCCAGUGACAGUGCAGACGACUAUGCCUGUCUACAAGAUAUACAAAGGAAGCAGGCAUACUACUGCGAAAAGUACAACCUGAAGGAAGAUUUCCUGCACAAUGAAAGUUUCUCCUGUAUUCAGUUACCAGAUAUAGGGGACAACACGGGAAAGUACUUCUACGAAUUGGAAAAAAUAUCUUCCUAUAAGGAUGCCAAGUUGCAGAAGGUUAAAGAGACCCUAUACAAGAAACAAUACUUUGAAGGCACCAUGACGGUGGAACCAUAUAAGGGCAUGAAAAUUUACAACUGUAGAAAGCUGGUUAAGCAGUACAUAGUAAAAAAUAAUGAGGGAUUCCUAUACAGCGAACCGGAGGUGCUAGUCAUCGACAGGAACAACGUCAAGUGUAUUGCUGCUCUGUGCAACCAGUGGUACAUCAACUAUGGUAAUUUGGAUUUUAAAAAAGACGUCCUGAUUCAGAUGAAGAAGAACAACUUCCAGACGUAUAAUGAGGUUCUGCACAAGCAAUUGCAGCACGUGAUUUUUUGGCUGGACGACUGGUCCUGCAGCAGGGCCUAUGGGUUGGGUACACACAUGCCCAAUUUUAAUGCGCUACAGGGGGGUACUGACGGUGCUGCACAACAUAACAGUCACAGUGCUAACGAACACACCAAUGAGGGGGUUACCCAACCUGGUGCCGACUCUGAGAAGGAGCUUAUCGAAAGUCUGUCCGACUCGACCAUCUACAUGGCGUACUACACGAUCAGCCACUUCCUGCAGGGCAACGUGGAUGGAAGUGUGCCUGGUCUCCUCGAUAUCGACGCAGCGGAUCUGAACGAUGCCUUCUUCGACUACGUCUUCGACAUAAGUGAUGACACGGAAAAAAUCAGCAAAAAUAUUAGUCUAGAGAAAUUGCAAAGAAUGAGAAGGGAGUUCCAGUAUUGGUACCCGUUCGACGUGAGAAUAUCAGGAAAAGACUUAAUCUUUAACCACUUAACAAUGGCUUUAUUUAACCACGUAGCUAUUUGGGGAGACAAAACAUACAACAAUAAACAGAAGGAGACGAAUGAUGAGAAGAGCAUCCUAGAACGACAAGGAGAAAUUAUGAACCAAAUUGAUCAGCUCGAUUUGGAUGCACACAAGACGGUGAAAUAUUUUCCUAAAUCCUUUUUCUGUAACGGGCACGUCCUAGUAAAUAAAGAGAAAAUGUCUAAAAGUAAGGGAAAUUUUAUUACCCUAAAGGAGAGCAUAAAUUUGUACACAAGUGAUGGGACUAGAAUCGCCUUGGCAGAUGCAGGAGAUUCCAUCGAAGACGCAAACUUCAACACGGAUACAGCAAAUAGCGCCAUUAUGAAGUUGUAUAAUCUGAUUAACUUUUCCAUCGAGACGAAAAAUAACGUUUACAUUUUUCGAUGUGGAGAGAAAACUUUUAUUGACUCGAUUUUCGAAAAUGAAAUAAACUACCUCACCAAUAAGUGUAAGGAGGCGUAUGAGAAGCUGCUCUUCAGGGAUGUCCUGAAGUAUGGCUUCUACGACAUGCUACUUAAAAGGGACACCUACCGAAUUAUGUGUGACAAAAUUCACAUGCACAAGGAGACAGUAAACUUUUUCAUAGAAAGGAUUUGUCUGAUAAUCAACCCCCUCAUUCCCCACGUCACGGAACACAUUUGGACGUACAUUUUAAAGAAGGAGGAUUUUCUCGUCAACCAAAAGUGGCCCUCCUCCGACAACACCAGCUAUUCCAUCGUCAUGCACAAGCAGUACAACAAUCUGCUCAACGUGGUGGAAAUUUUUAGGAAGUCCUACGAUAAGGUCAUGAAUAAAAAUAACAAGCUGAAGGGCGCCAAGAAUACACGUAACGGUACCGGAAGCGGGGCGAAACGUGCACCAGAUGAAAAAGGUGUAGCUGAGGAACAGAAGUCGGAAGAGUACAAGGAGGACGACGAUGAGGGAACCAAAUUCAAAGCCAUCGUCUACGUUGCCAAGGAGUACAACGACACGCAAAAAAAAAUCAUCGAAAUUCUUAACCGAAUUAUUAACAACAGUGAGGAUAAGAAGCUACCCACCAAUUACAUAAACCUUUUGGUACAAAAUGACUACGUAAAUAAAUUGCCAAAAAAUGAAAAAAAGGAAAUCUUAAGUUUUGCUACUUUUCUAGUCAAGGACAACGUUACGCUCAACAACAACCAGUACGAGCUGAGUCUCCCCUAUGAUGAAAUACAACUCAUAAAAAACAACGUAGAAUUUAUUAGGAGGAGCCUAAACCUGGGCGACAUUCACAUUAUGGAAAAUACAAAUAAAUCCCCCAUUGACGAUACAGAUAUUUAUAAGUUAGCCAACCCGGGGAAUCCAUCCAUUUUUAUGUACACCACGGAAUCAUAA